UUGACAGGAACAAAAAAUGUUUCUCUUUUCCUGAUGUUUCUUAGACAGUGUGAACGAUUCGUUUACUUGAAGAAAUGCAGAACUUUUAAUUUGAAGGCAGUGAAACGCUGUCAUGAAUACUGCUGUUUUGACUUUGGUUUUCCUGUUUCAAAUUUAUGGCCAAAUUUUGAGCCAAAAUGGAACCAGACCCAACAUUAUUAUGGUGAUGAGUGAUGCAUUUGAUGGGAGACUGACUUUUGAUCCCGGCAGCAAAGUUGUGCAGCUGCCAUUUAUAAACUACAUGAGAGAACUUGGUAUCACUUUCCUCAAUGCUUACACCAACUCACCCAUCUGCUGCCCCUCAAGAGCAGCAAUGUGGAGCGGUCAGUUUGUUCACCUCACUCAGUCCUGGAACAACUACAAAUGCCUUGAUGUGAAUGCAACAACAUGGAUGGACUUACUGGAGGCAAAUGGAUAUCUCACCAAGAUGAUGGGCAAACUGGACUACACAUCAGGGAGUCACUCUGUAAGUAAUCGAGUUGAGGCCUGGACACGCAAUGUUCAGUUCCUCCUGCGUCAAGAGGGCCGGCCCGUUACGCAACUUGUUGGGAACAUGUCAACAGUAAAGAUCAUGAGAAAAGACUGGGAAACAACAGACAAAGCCACACAGUGGAUCCACGAGAGAGCUGCGUCCUCUCACCAGCCCUUUGCUCUUUAUCUUGGCCUUAAUUUACCUCACCCCUAUAAAACUGAAUCACUGGGGCCCACUGCAGGAGGGUCCACCUUCCUCACAUCACCCUACUGGCUGGAGAAGGUAUCUUCAGAGCUCAUCACUGUUCCUAAAUGGCUGCCUUUGUCAGCCAUGCACCCUGUUGACUACUACUCCACCUUCACCAAAAACUGCAGUGGUGAUUUCACUGAGGAGGAAGUUAAACGCAUAAGGGCUUUUUAUUAUGCCAUGUGUGCUGAGGCAGAUGCCAUGUUGGGUCAGGUGCUUUCAGCACUAAGAGACACUGGCUUGCUUUCCAACACCGUUGUGAUCUUCACAGCUGACCAUGGAGAGUUAGCCAUGGAGCACCGGCAGUUUUACAAGAUGUCAAUGUUUGAAGGCAGUUCCCAUGUUCCCCUGCUGUUCAUGGGGCCUGGACUCAAGUCUGGUCUGCAGGCCAACCAGCUUGUGUCUUUGGUGGAUCUCUAUCCCACUGUGCUAGAUGUUGCAGGUAUUCCAGCUCCAGGUUUUCUCAGUGGCCACUCUCUGCUUCCUCUGCUUUCCAAGACUGUUAUUUUUUCCAUGAAGCAGCAUCCAGACUGGGUUCUGAGUGAAUACCAUGGAUGUAACGUCAAUGCCUCUACAUACAUGCUGAGAAGUGGCAAGUGGAAAUAUAUAGCCUAUGCAGAUGGCCUGAGUGUCCCCCCACAGCUUUUUGACCUAACAAAAGACAAGGAAGAACUUCAUAAUGUCAUCCUUAAAUUCCCAGAUGUGCAGGCACAUCUGGACAAACUGUUGCACAGCAUUGUGGAUUAUCCUAAAGUCUCAGCUGCUGUCCAUUUAUACAAUAAAAUAGCAUUUGGCGCCUGGCGCUCUAGUGUAGGGGGAAACUACAGCCAGGUCAUUGCUAACCUCAGGUGGCAUGUCGAUUGGCAAAAAGAUAUUUUAGCCAACGAGAAAGCUAUUGACAAAUGGCUUUAUGGCUUUGUGUGACUUUUAUAGAUACUUUUUUAUAUGUUUAUCAUGGUCAAUUUUUAAGUCUAUCUUUUUUCAUGAAACCAUGUCAUAAUUUCAGGAGAAAAAGAUGUCAGACUUGGGAUUGAUGAGUGAAGCAGACUUAACUUUAGCCUUAUCCCACCUGAUAGCAGUAGAAAGCUACUCUACAUGUGGAAUGGUGAAGUGUUGUUUUUAUUGCUUACAACCUUCUGUUUCACACUGCAAAAGGGAAGCCAAUUCAAAUGCAAUGUAAAAGGACGACAUAAGAUUAUUUUCCAUGAUUUCAUUUCAUUGUUUGAUAAGAAAGCUAAAGAGAGAAUGAGAGUCUGGGAAAAGAGUGAGGGAAGUCAUGCAUCAAACUGCAACUGGAUCAAGACCUGAAGCUGCAACCAGUGCAACAAGGACUUAUGGUCUCUGUAUAGAGGGUGCCUGCUUUAUCAACUGAGCUAAACAUGAGCAAGACCAGGAAUCAGUAACAACAUGUUGAUGUUCAUUCUUUAAUAAAAACCUUAUAUUUGUCA